AUUUGAAGGGAGCUUAAGAAAAUCUCAUUCUGAGGAGCGCUCCCCGGAACGUGUGGUGAAGUGGCUUUAUAACAGUUUAGUAGUGUGACGUGGCUUUAUAACACUCACACUGUUCACGCUCCACUCUCUGUGUCAGUUCACGCGCCCUUACAUUUCAUUUCGUCUUCGUGAUAGAAGCAAGAGAGCCAGGAAAAGAGUGAAAAGGAGAUAAAAAAAGAAAGUUAAAACAAAAAGAAAAAAGAAAAUUCUCAAUCCAAAAUAGGGUUAGGGUUAUCCCUGAUCCGGAUAACGAUUUCCACGCUCGAGUCUUCCAACUGAAAAAUUAAACAUGGGCGCCAAUUCGUCACCAACAGACUUGACCACCGAUCUCGAUGAGCAGAUCUCGCAGCUCAUGCAGUGUAAGCCACUUUCGGAGCAGCAGAGUUAUGAACAAAAACUGCAGCUUCUUUUUCUUCUUCUUUAAAGCAGGGAAAGAAAAUGAUUUAUUUUUAUUUGAUAUAGGUCAGAGCAUUAUGUGAUAAGGCAAAGGAAAUACUGAUGAAAGAAAGCAAUGUCCAGCCUGUGAGAAGCCCGGUGACAAUUUGUGGUGACAUCCAUGGGCAGUUUCAUGAUCUUGCAGAACUUUUUCGAAUUGGAGGGAAGUGCCCUGAUACAAACUAUUUGUUUAUGGGAGAUUAUGUGGAUCGUGGAUACUAUUCUGUUGAAACCGUUACGCUGUUGGUGGCUUUAAAAGUUCGUUAUCCACAGCGGAUUACCAUUCUCAGAGGAAAUCAUGAAAGCCGCCAGAUCACUCAAGUUUAUGGGUUUUAUGAUGAAUGUCUUCGGAAGUAUGGCAAUGCUAAUGUUUGGAAGAUCUUUACAGACCUUUUUGACUAUUUUCCAUUAACUGCUUUGGUGGAAUCAGAAAUAUUUUGUCUGCAUGGUGGAUUGUCCCCUUCAAUUGAAACCCUGGAUAAUAUAAGAAACUUUGAUCGUGUUCAAGAGGUUCCUCAUGAAGGACCCAUGUGUGAUUUAUUGUGGUCUGACCCAGAUGAUAGAUGCGGUUGGGGUAUUUCACCACGUGGUGCUGGAUAUACUUUUGGUCAGGAUAUAUCUGAACAAUUUAAUCACACGAACAGUUUAAAAUUGAUUGCUAGAGCUCAUCAGCUGGUUAUGGAUGGAUUUAACUGGGCACAUGAACAAAAGGUGGUUACUAUAUUCAGUGCUCCUAAUUACUGUUAUCGCUGUGGAAACAUGGCUUCUAUAUUGGAAGUUGACGAUUGCAAGAGUCACACAUUCAUCCAGUUUGAGCCAGCUCCAAGGAGAGGUGAACCUGAUGUUACCCGUAGAACACCGGAUUACUUCCUGUGAAGCAGCUAUAUGCCACAACUUAUUCAAGAUACUCAACUUUUGUUCCUCUCCUCUCCCCUUACAUAGUCAGGUAGUUGUGGAUCCUUUGCAGAUGUCUGUUGCAUCUACUGCCUGCCAUUCUUACAUAUCUUUUUUUUUUUUUUUGAUAUGGUGAGCACCAAAAGCAUGUAUAUGCUAGCUAUGAAGAUGACCUUUAAUCUGUCUUACCCUUCGAUUUUCUGUCAUAGUGAUUGCAUAGCAGAUAAAAGAUGGGCAAUAUUGGACUGUAUCCAUUAUGCAGUUCUUUUUAAUUCUGAUUCCUUUUUUUUGUUGUUGGGGUGGGUCAUCCUAUCUUUUUGACCUUGGUACAGAGAUGGAAAACUUAAAUACGUAAUGUGUUUAUUGCUUUCUGAGAAAUCCGUCAUUAUUAACAGGGUGACACAUCUCCCCGUAGUGUAUGAAUAAUGGUUGUUUUACUUUCCCCCCAAGUAUCCAUAACCUAACCUUAAUAUUUGUUGGGGUUGAAAGAACGGGAAUGGGGGUAGAAUAACCCUUCCAUGAUGUCAAUUUUAUUGUUAGUUUUAGGUUGGGUAGGUUUCUGAGUAGCAAUGUAUCCGUAUAUAUUUUAUUGAUCAUAAAUGUAUUUAAAGUCUUUUACGAGGGAUAGGGAAUGUUGAGGGAUCCAACAUUAGAGUGAAGGUCUGUGCUUCGGUUGACCUAUAAAUUUAGAUAUUUAUGUAUUUUCAUGUUAUUCUCAUACAUUCUGAUGUAGUAGAAAUUUGAAGGAUAUAGGUUAGGUCUUGUAAAA